GGCGUCGGCCAGUAGCGGGAGGCGGUCGGGUCAGGCCCCAGCUGGGCGCGAGCGGGUCGGCGUUGAGGGAGCCACCGCCCUCCCGCCUGCGCACUGCCUCUCGCCCCCCUCCGGCCAGCCCGCAGCCGGCCGCGUCAUGCCAGGCGCUGCUCGGCGGUAGGGAGUGCCCGGGGCCGCCGCCUCCGCCCGCCCGAAGCCGCGCCCACUGCCCAGAGCCAGAGGGAUGGUGGUAGUCACGGGGCGGGAGCCAGACAGCCGUCGCCAGGACGGUGCCAUGUCCAGCUCCGACGCCGAAGACGACUUUCUGGAGCCGGCCACGCCGACGGCCACGCAGGCGGGGCACGCGCUGCCCCUGCUGCCACAGGAGUUUCCUGAGGUUGUUCCCCUUAACAUCGGAGGGGCUCACUUCACUACACGCCUGUCCACACUGCGAUGCUACGAAGACACCAUGUUGGCAGCCAUGUUCAGUGGACGGCACUACAUCCCCACGGACUCCGAGGGCCGGUACUUCAUCGACCGAGAUGGCACACACUUUGGAGAUGUGCUGAAUUUCCUGCGCUCAGGGGACCUCCCACCCAGGGAGCGUGUUCGAGCUGUGUACAAAGAGGCCCAGUACUAUGCCAUCGGGCCCCUCCUGGAGCAGCUGGAGAACAUGCAGCCACUGAAGGGCGAGAAGGUGCGCCAAGCGUUUCUGGGACUCAUGCCCUAUUACAAAGACCACUUGGAGCGGAUUGUGGAGAUCGCCCGGCUGCGUGCGGUCCAGCGGAAGGCCCGCUUUGCCAAGCUCAAGGUCUGUGUCUUCAAGGAGGAGAUGCCCAUCACCCCCUAUGAGUGUCCGCUCCUCAACUCCUUGCGCUUUGAGCGGAGUGAGAGUGACGGGCAGCUUUUUGAGCACCACUGUGAAGUGGAUGUGUCUUUUGGGCCCUGGGAGGCUGUGGCUGAUGUUUAUGACCUGCUGCACUGCCUGGUCACGGACCUCUCGGCCCAGGGUCUCACCGUGGACCACCAGUGCAUCGGGGUGUGUGACAAGCACCUCGUGAACCACUACUACUGCAAGCGCCCCAUCUAUGAGUUCAAGAUCACAUGGUGGGUUAUCUUCUCACAGGGCUGGAAUGCAAAUUUCAGAGGCUUCUUCUGAAGAUUCCCCAAGUCAAGCAGGCAAGAUGCCUAGAUCUUCUGUUAUCUUUGACAUGUAACAUCCUUUGUAGAGGCUCAGGACACCUCCUUGGCUGCUAUCUCAUGUGUUAGAAUCCAGUUUGUGGUGAACCUCUUUGGAAGGGGACCCCCUCUCUUUAAACCCUGUUGCUCUGUCCUGGUAACAUUCUCCUUCUAGGAGAGCAUCUCUUCUGAGAAGGUAAAGGAAGGGCUGGGUGAGACACACAGCUAUCCUAGGAGCCGUAGGAAGACAAAACUUCCCUUCUGUUUUACUCCUCACUCCUCUAUUUUUGUUUUACUCACUUCUUUAUAUUUUGUUUUACUCCUCACUCCUGUAUAUUUUGGUUUACUUACUCCUCUAUUUCAGAAAUUGAAAAAGAUCCCCAAGGAUCUGUUACUACUGCAUUUCCUUCUUGCUCUGUCUACAGCCUGGGCCAACUAGUCAGGGUCUGGACAUGCAUCUCCUAAAGGAAGAACUGUGUAGCACCAUUGAUCACAAUGUAACAUUUCCAUGCUGCAUUAAGGGUGUCUCUCUCUAAUCAUGAUUGUACCUGUCUCUUCCUGGGUAAAGGGAGAUUUUUUUUUUUAAUGUGUAAAGAAUUGAUGCGAGCCAGGAACAUGUCUGUAGUCCCAGCUACUUGGGCACACGCCUGUAGUCCAGGCCACUCAAGCACACACCUGUAGUACCAGCUACUCUGGAGGCUGAGGCAGGAGGAUCACUUGAGCCCAGGAGAUUAAGACUGUAGUAUACUAUGAUCGUGCCUGUGGCUAGCCACUGUGCUCCAGCCUGGGCAACACCAUCGUAAAAAUAAAUAAAUAAAUAAAUAAAUUGGGGAGGACAGCCUCACUGGUAUCAGACUUACAGGACCAGAUAGACAAGAUGGGUAUAAGGGGAGCUGAAGUCUGUGUUCAUAUGAGGAAGAGAAGACCAAGCCCUGGGACUUUGGCUGAAUUCCUCCGUGGGGCUGGAUGGCAGUGAUCUUCUGUUCCCUAUGUGUAAACAAAGAUUCCAGGGCGUGGUUUUGCACUCCUGUUGUACUCUUUUAGAGGUGGAAAAGAGGUGGAUACUGAGAUCUAAGAGGAAAGGAUAGUCAUUCAUGUUCUGAGAUAUGCGCUCUCUCUAUUGUUCUCAUACACAAAGGGAUAGUCUCUUUUCUGGAGCUGAUGUCCCUGCUUGGAGGUUAGCCCCAAAACAUGGCUCUUGUAUUGUUCUAAGAGAAAAGUCUUUCAUUUUGGUUCUUCUGAUUGGUGUUACCUACUGCCUAAUAUGUGUUCAUUUUUUGACAGAGAGGCAGACUAUUGAAAAAGUCUGUGUGAACAGAGAGCAGUUCAUUAAGCCCAUUGCUUUCAGUAAUGUGGCCUUGACCCCUUCUGCUUCCCCCUUCUCCCAUGGAGCAUGGCAGGGCUUGGUUAUUUAGAGUCCAUACAUGCAAGCCAUUGAGAGACUUGUUUGCUCAAAUGCAAGUUUGCUCAAAAACAGGUCCUGAAGGCUUGCUUAGGAUUACAGGGAUGCUGGGUAAGAACACCGUUCCUGUGUCUCUCGCUGGAGAAAUCCCUGUUUCUCUGACUCCCUUUGUGAUCCUCACAGUAAUGUAUUCUGUGCCACUGUAGGACACAAGGCUCUGGGCCAAUAGAACAGGCAGAGAGGUGACACUGGGCAGCAAGCUGAGAGCUCUUUCUAAAUGGAGUGAAGGAAUUCAGUGGCCUAGUUUCGCCAUUCUCUAAUGAGAAACCAAGGCCAGGCUGAAAAGUGCAAUUAGAUGUGGUGGAUUGUGGUAACGGCCUCCAGAUAAAGGGGUUAUCCCUGUGGAAGUGACUUUUCCCCAUUUGAUCCCUUUUCAACUCUAAAUGGCCCGGCCCAGAGCAGAAGAAGGGUUGGGUCUGGAAGGAAGGCUCCAAAGGAUGAAAGCUUCUCCCUGAUCAUAAGGAAGUGCAUCUUUAUAGAAUUGUUGUGCAUAAUGUCAGUAAAUCCCUCUCACUUGACAAGGGACUGGAUUCAUCUUGCCUUGAGACGGGCCAGUAGUUAUCAGUGAGUCAAAGCAAAGUGAAAGUUUCAGGAGAUGGGACCAAUGGUGCAAUGCUCGCCAUAACAAAAUUCCUUAAAAAUAAAAAAGCUAAUGUUAUAGCAACAAAAAAAGACUGAAGCAAAACCACACUGAAAUACAUCCCACUCCAGGAGAGGAAUUCUUAGCGUAACACUCUAAAUAAAUGGAAGGAAUCAUCACCUUCCUUAUUUUACCUCUGCCUUGUUCACCAGGCUGCCCAGUGCUUACCAUGCAGAAAGCAGUCAGCUGUACUCUGGAAGUUUCUGUUCUUCUUUCCUGGGGCUUAGGAUAUUCUGGGAGCUGUCUGAGCCUUGUGCCUAAGGCUUAUCAGGUGAUAUAAUCUUCCUGUUCUGGGCUGCUUGCUGGAGGAAUAGGAAGUGACAUUUAUAAGACACAGGCGGUGUGAGCAUCCAUGUGUGGUCUUGGUCUAAACCAGCUCUUGAACAGGUUAAAGCAAACAGCAAUAACAAAACAAAAACUACCGAUGCUGAGCGUUUUGAUCCUAGUAAUAUUUCAAAUAUUGUCCUUCUGCAUAUGUUCUAUCCAUAUUUGAUUCCAAUAUACAUUAUUAAGCUUUCUUGGGUACUAUUUUGCUGGGGCUCUUGCGUGAAGGUGGUGCCUGUCUCAUGAUCCUUAAAAGAGAGAGGCUUUUUUCAUCCAAAGCUGGAGUGUUGGGAACUGGGGUGGGAGAGGCACUUUUUGGAAUUCUGAAAGAAUCAUAUCUGUGUAUAUACAUAUUGAGUGGGGAAGGAUGGGGGUUGGCAGGGGUUGAGGGAGGUGGGAACAAACAGUGAGUAUGGGAACAGGCAGUCACCUCGAGUGUGGGAGGUCACCUGGGUCCGUCGUCUUCCUUCUGUAUGGUGUUGGGUUUAUGUACACACUAUAACACUUCCUGUGUGAGUUCAUGUACCUGUCUGUGAGUGCUUUGGUGUAUUGAGCCUCAGUACACUCCAAGGGCAUUAAAGUCAAGAACUAGAA